AUGUUGAGACAGUUGUUAAGUCGGGUUUCGAGACGGCCCAUGACAAUUGCAACUACUGCCAUUCUUUUUAGUACGCUUGUUUUUGGACUUCUUGUUACUCCCGUCCGAGAAAGGAGCACCGGAAUACUUCGAAAACCAUGGGCUACAGAAUUUGGGAUACACCGGCCCAUGAUGCAUAAAUCCCGGUUCCCCUCUGGUCGACCAUACCUUAACUCCAACACUGACAAGAAACUACACAUCUUGCUCCCGGCGACAAGAAGCAACGUCCACAUGUGCAAGACACUCCUAACACUAUCCAUUCUCGAAUAUCCAAACCCGCACAUUGUCUCCUGGGGCGAGCAAGACGAUGGAAAAGGCCUAUUAGGAGGCGGUUCGCACUAUGCAAAGAUCACGGGUGUUCUGAAAUACAUAAACGACGAACAGCGCCGCAAGCAACCCAAUUUCGAUAACGAACUCGUCCUCAUGAUCGACAGCUACGACAUAUGGUUCCAGCUACCCGUCGAAAUUCUAAUUGCGCGAUACCACGCCAUUGUCGCAGAGGAAAAUACCCGAACAGCACACCGCAUGGGACGGGCGUUCCAUCGCGAAAACAUUCACUCCCCCGUCGUGUUUGGCGCCGGCAAAAGAUGCUCACCGAACCAGAUACACACUCUUGCGUGCUAUCCCAUCCCAGACUCUCCACUCCCAAUGGAUACAUAUGGCGGAAAUACGGAUACCCUCAUGGGGCGUAAUAUGCACAGCAGUUUUCGAACCCGGUACCUGAACUCGGGAUACAUGAUUGGCCCUAUAGGAGCAAUGAGACCGAUUCUCGAGAGAGCCAAGGAGAGGAUGGAUGAGUGCGCUGCCAGGAAGGGAGUAUGGUAUGACAACGGAUCGGGAAGCUCUGAUAAUUGCUACCAGGGCAGUGAUCAGAGUAUAUUUGUCGAAAUGUUCGGAGAGCAAGAGUUUCACAGGGAAGUCAUGCGACGAUACCACAGGAGUGUGUUUGACGCUUUUCUCGACGGUGUUAUCCCGGGGCGAGCGGGAUCUCGUCCCCCAGAGACACAUAUACAGAAUGCGCCUGUGGAGGAUUACUUGAAUCCCCGGUUUUCGCACCAGCCCAACGACCAAAAGUAUCUUGCUGGAAAGCCGUACGAAUUUGGCAUCACGCUGGACUACUGGUCCUUGUUGGGGCACCAGACUUCCAAUGCUGAAUUUGACUCUCGGUACAUUAAGCAUGAUCAGUCGUUGAAGGAACAGGUCGGGAACCAGGGCAUGUUUGACUGCCCUGCCAAGGCACCUAUGCCGGAUGAUUUGCCCUCUCAAGCACCUGUGCUGGAACUAGCCAGGGGCGAGCAGACCCGUUGGGAGAGUGUGCCUUUGUACUCGGAAAUCUGCUCGGGGACUGUGCCAGCCAUGAUUCAUCACAACUCGGUGGACAAGUCGUGGCGGGAGAGGCAGUGGGAUAAGACGUGGUGGCAUGGGUCUUCGAGGAAGAUGUUGGAUGAGAAGCGGAAAGCUGGGCUGCCGUUGCUGAAGGAUGGUGUUACGACUGAUACGGGAGAGUUGUUGACUUGGGAUGCUCUUUGUCCGAGAGAGGUGGAAAAGGAGUUGUUUAGGGAUGUGGAAGAUCCGCCGAAACAGGAGUAA